GCAACGCUGGAAAAUCUCAUUACCAAAGCCACCACCAUUCUCUCUCUCUCUCUCUCUUCGAGUCUCUCACUCUUCACCCCCAAGUCCUCCUCCCCCCAAAACGUCACCGUUUCGCCGCCUCUCAGAUCCUCGCAAUCCCAAUCGCCUCCAAACCCUAUCUCUUCCAUCACUCUCUCCUUCGUUUCCCGAUUGCGGAGCCGAGUCGGAAAUGGCGGGAGGCGGCGGCAGCAGGAAGGACGAGUCGGUGGUGCUCAACAGCACGAACGUGUUCGCCGCGCUGGGGAGCUUGAAGAAGAAGAAAAAGUCGGAUAAGUCAAAGAGUGGGAAGAGCGGUCAGGCCGAGCCGGAGAAGGAGGUCUAUUGGGCCCCGGCGCCGCUCACGGUCAAGUCUUGGGCCGAUGUCGAUGACGAGGAUGAUGACGACUACUUUGCUACCACCGCGCCGCCGGAAUUGGGCUGGGCCGGCGCUGAGGACAAGGAGGACAAGGAGCCUGAGCGUGUGGAGGUCGGCGAUAUGUUAAGUGACAGUGAAGAGGAAGGUCAUGAUGAUAAUGAUGAUGAUGCGGAUGAAGAUCAUGAAAACGAGCUUGAAGCACCAGUUGAAACUGAGACUGGUAAGAAGCUAGCUGAAGCUUCUCCAGCUCCUAAGGAUACAGAAAGGCAGCUUUCUAAGAAGGAACUGAAGAAAAAAGGGCUUGAAGAACUGGAAGCAGUUCUUGCUGAGCUAGGACUUGGCAAAAGCGAGACCAGUGGCCAGGAUGAAACUGAUGCUGCCCAAGAGAAGAAAGUAGUGAACCUAAAUGGUGACGUAGACAAGAAAGAAAUCCCUGGGGAGAGCAAAAGUGCCAAAAAGAAGAAAAAGAAGGAUAAAACAUCGAAGGAGUCCCGAGAAUCCCAGGAUCAGCCUGAUGUCAUUGGAAAUGCUGCGGCAGAAGAAACCGCUGAAACCGAGAAGGUAGAAGAUACAUCAAGUGGUGAUGUUAAAGAGCGACUAAAGAAAGUGGCAUCUAUGAAGAAGAAGAAAUCAAGCAAGGAAAUGGAUGCUGCAGCCCGAGCUGCUGCGAAUGAAGCUGCUGCCAGAAAUGCUAGGCUAGCUUCAUCAAAGAAAAAAGAGAAGAAUCACUACAAUCAGCAGCCGGUGCGAUAAGCUAGAUAUAGACUGUUAGGUUUUGUUUCCUUUUUCCCCUUAUAUGAACUCAACUCUGUACUCUUAUUUAGUUUGAUGCAAAAAUAAAUAUUGGGAACGAACUGGACUGGUUUUGCAAA